AUGGGUAAGAUUACGAAGUUGGUUGUUUGUGGACCGACUGGUUCUGGGAAAACUUCUCUGAUUGAACACUGCAUAUAUGGGAACUAUUUUGAAAGGCAACCGGAAGACUUUAUUUCGACUUAUGAAGACACUUAUAAUGCCGUUGUCGAGACAGAUCGUGGUUUUAAAGAAAAAGUUCGAAUUUACGAUCUUGGAGGGAUGACUAAAUUGGAAAAACAUUUUGUGAAUUGUGCUGAUGCAUUCAUUUUGGUAUAUGAUAUAAGCGAUUCCAAAUCUUUCAGCUCUGUUCAAAGUUUAAAACAAGACAUUGACAGAUAUCGCGAAAAACGUGAUUUAUGUAUUGUACUUAGCUGUCACAAAGUUGAUAAACCUAAAGAUGCAACUUUAGAUUCUACAGAAGUUUCUCGAUGGUCUCAAUCGGAGAAAGUGGCAAAUAUAUUUGAAACAACUGUGUAUGACCGCCAAUCACUCAUGAAUUUAUUCACAUGGACUGUUUCCCGUAUCACUCAGUCCCAAAGUAAAUCAGGAUUUUCAUUCGGAAGACAAAACAAACCGAUUACGGAGUCAUUCUUAGGAAUCUAUGAACCAAUUCAUAUAUUAAUACCUGCACAACCAAAUUCUAAUAUAAAUAAUAAUCCUAUCACUUCAUAUUCUAUUGGUCCAUGUACAUAUAUUUUAUCAAUCUCUGAUAAUUAUUUAAUAUCUGGUCAUUUGAAUGGCUGGUUAGUUAUUUGGUCAAUUAAAAAAUAUCGUCCUUUACGUCAAUGGAUUGGGCAUAAUGGAUAUCAAAUUACAAGUUUGCAUUUUUGGCCUCGUAAUAAUAAUUAUGGUGUGAUAAUAUCUCAUGGUCGUGAUGGCUUUAUACGUUUCUGGGAUUUAAGCAAUUUACAAUUCGAUACGACUGAAGUGUUUAAACCUCUUGAUCAAGUUUUUGGUGAAAUUCAUACAUAUGAUAUCUCAUUUUGCAAUUCCGAUUUAUGGCGUGCAUAUACUACAACGAGUAGUAGUAACAGCAACAAUUCAGCGAAUGUUUAUUUCUUGGCCCAUUUGUGUCAAGAAGAAACAGAUGAUGAUGAUAAUAAUAAUUCUUCAACAUCUAAUAAAGAACCGUCUAUCGAAAUAAUCCAAUUGCCUCAAUUUGUAUUUAUUUGUCAGCAGUCAAUUAAUUCUAUUCAAACUUCUUGUCAAAAUGUUACAAAUCUAGGCCAAUCUAUCCCCAUUAUGACACUUUCUAUUCAACCUGUUUUUAAACAACAAUUAUGUAAGGAAAGUACAAAUCGAAUGGAAACAAAUGUCAAAUUCGUUGCUUUGGGUGGACCUAGUGUGGAUAGUUGUGAUACAGACACAUCGGUCGAUGGAAACAUAGCCUUUGUACAAUUGGAAUUCGAUUCUCAAAUGUCAAAUUAUUUUAAAUUGUCUAAAAUUCAUAAAUCACUUAAUAAUUGUAUUACUGGUAUUUCAUGUUUUGCAUGGCGUGAUGAUGGCCGUCUGUUAGCAGUUGGUCAAUGGGAUGGUAAAAUACGUUUAAUUGACGUGCAUUUCAAAAAUAAUCUACUUAAAAUCAAAUCUUUAGGUUAUCUAUCUAGUUUAGGUAGUUUAAAUGAAGGGAGUUUAAUUGGUGAGUGGAGUUCUACAACACUGACUCAACCACAUGGACCUAAUAUCGAUCAACAAUCCAGACUAAUUCGAUCAUGUACAUUUACAAAACAAUCUCAUUUUCUAAUUACAUCUGUUCCAGCAAAUGGUGGAGCAUUAGGUAGUUUACUUGCUAUCAGACGCCGGCGUCUCGAAGCAAAUGCCGAAGAGGAAGAUAUUACUGGUGGUGAUAAUAAUCGUCGUAAAAAUGGAUCUGAUCUGGAUGAAUUGGUCGAUUUAGACUUAGACGAUGAAUAUGAUGCUGAAGCAGCCGAACUACAUGAAAUUGGACAAGAUCGUGAGAAAGAUGACGGUGACGAUGAACAACAAGACGAUAAUGGUAAAUGGCCUUGGAAUGAAUUAUCUCCAUCAAGUAAAUUAAAGAUGCUUCUUGGCAAUCCUUCAAGAUCUGGACAUAAAACCACUACUUCAAAAGGUACAAAUUCUGAUGAUUUUAUCCAAUGGACUGGUGAUCCUGAAUUAAAUCAGUCAGAUGUAGAUGAUGAACGGGAAUUAAUCCAAGAAAAUAUGGAACGAAAUAUAGAACAAGAGAAUGCUAUAAGUCAUGAUGAAGCUCGCAAACGGAUAACGUUUGUUACCAGCCUGCAUGCUCGUUUCAGUGGUUACGAUUUCGACAGAAAAAAUUCAUCGCCGAAAUGGGCACGUCUUACAAUUUGUAUGUUCGAUCCAAACGAAGGACGUAUAUCUAUUGACCUAGAAACUUUAAUUAUGCGCCUUAUUAAUCGAAGCGUUGUAUCCUCGGUAUCCGGUAUCGAAAAGACCAUUAUUGAUCGUUCAAAACCAAAUCAAUGGAUGUUCCGAGUUGAAGGUAUAAACAUGAUUGAGAUGAUGCGUUAUCCACAAGUGUUUGAUUUGAGUCGACUCUAUACUAACAACAUCACUGUAAUGAAUGAAACAUACGGUAUUGAAGCUGCUCGGGCAGCACUUCAAAGAGAAGUAUCUGGAGUCUUUGGUCAUUAUGGGAUUCAUGUGAAUUCACGGCAUUUAUCACUAAUUAGUGAUUAUCUUACAAAAUUUGGCGUUUAUCAGGCUUUUAAUAGACGUUCAAUGAGUUCACAUCCAUCACUGCUUCAGCAAAUGACCUUCGAGACUGUUGCAAAUGUUUUAAAAAAUUCAUUACAAAAUGAUUCUAUGGACAAUUUAAUUUCUCCUUCAGCAAGUUUAGUUACUGGUCGAAUAGUUCAUUAUGCCGGAACAAAUUGUUUUGAACUACUUCAAAAGUUGGCUUGUUAAAUAAAAUACACAUUUUAUCAAUAAGAAAUCAAUAGAAUUUUAUGUGUACAGUCAUACCUUCAAUGAUUUCAUGUAUGUAUGUGUAUGUACAAAAUAUUUCCCAGAUUGAAAUUUAUGUAAAUAUAAAACAGGAAAAUAAUUGCAAUCGUC